GUGGGCAGCUUCACACAGGUCUCGUCAAGACUACACGGAGUUAAAUGAUUGCAAACCAGAGAACAGGAAUGUCUUUAGUCUUGAUUCUAAAGCAAAGGUGGGUGGCUUUACUGGACAAAUCGGUUAAUUCUAUCAGCAGCGAUUCGUCACAGACAAACGGCAAGCUGUUGAGGACUCUUCUUCAGCUCUCGAUAAGAUUUGACACAUCAGCGAUUUUCUCUCAUGCAUGAGUAUUUUGAUGGAAGAUUACAAAUAAUUUCUUAUUCGACUACUAAAACAGGCCAGUCAAACGAAGAAACAGUAUAAAGCUUUCCAUUUAUAUACGAGACAAAUUUAAGUUUGGUAAAAUACCAGUAAACCUAGCAAAAACGUUACCUGUUUACCUUUACGAAAAGAAGAAAAAGGAGAAAGGCGACCAAAUUGAAGGAUUAAGGUGUCAAAAUCUCAAGAACGAGAGUGAAGAAUGGCAGCCAGUUUGUCAGCGGAGGAAGAACAGGCUACCAAACAGUUUCUGGAGGAAAUCAACAAGUGGACCACUCAGCAUGGAGUGUCCCAGCUGUCCUGGGAAGUGGCCGUCAAGUUCCUCAUGGCGCGCAAGUUCGACGUGCUGCGAGCCAUUGAGCUCUUCCACAGCUACAGGGAGACGCGUCUGAAAGAGGGCAUCGUCAAACUACAGCCUCAGGAGGAACCUCUGCAUUCGGAGCUGCUCAGUGGGAAGUUCACUGUGCUGAGUGUACGAGACCCAUCAGGCGCCUCCAUAGCCUUGUACACAGCCAAACUCCACCACCCCAACAAGACAGGGAACCAUGUUGUCCUGCAGGCUCUCUUCUACCUCCUGGACCGGGCUGUGGAGAGCUUUGAAACUCAAAGAAAUGGCCUGGUGUUCAUUUAUGACAUGGCGGGCUCCAACUAUACCAACUUUGAGCUGGACCUCAGCAAGAAGAUUCUCAACUUACUCAAGGGGGCUUUUCCUGCCAGGCUGAAGAAGGUGUUGAUAGUGGGCGCCCCUGUCUGGUUCCGCGUGCCCUACAACCUGCUGAGCCUGCUGCUUAAGGAGAAACUCAGGGAGAGGGUCCAGAUGGUCAAAAUGUCCGACCUCCGCCAGCACCUCCCCCGGGAUUGUCUCCCAGAGCACCUGGGGGGGCUGCUGCCCCUGGAUGCUCACGGCUGGAACGAGCAGCUCCUGGCUGGGCAGAACGGCCGCGUGGACCCCGUUGACGAGCUGGUAGGCAUCCCACUGGCGGACUCGUCGGUCCACACCCCCGGACUGGAGGCCAUGUGCCUGCCGGAGUUCAUGGCCCACCUGGGCAGGCUCCAGCGCUCUGGCAUCCACCUGGAGUAUGUGGAAAUCCGCAAGGAGAAACCACCAGGGACCUUCCACUGUGCCCUUACUGCAUACAACCAGGAGAGGAAUCGCUAUGGGGAUGUCCUGUGUCUUGACCAAACAAGAGUUCGUCUGAAAACUCGACAAAACGAGAGAUCGGACUACAUCAACGCCAGCUUCAUGGAUGGCUACAAACAGAAGAAUGCAUACAUCGGUACUCAAGGACCACUGGAGAAAACUUAUGGUGAUUUUUGGAGAAUGGUCUGGGAGCAAAAUGUGCUAGUCAUUGUCAUGACAACAAGGACGGACGAGGGCGGUCGGAAGAAAUGUGGUCAGUACUGGCCUCUGGAGGAAGGUGGCCAGGAGGUGUACAGUCACAUGGCUGUGGUCAACCAGAGAGUGGACAACCACUCCCACUAUAGCCAGACCACACUGGAGCUGCACAACAUGGAGAAUUGUGAGCAGAAGCAGGUGACCCACUUCCAAUACCUGAGCUGGCCUGACUACGGCGUCCCCACUUCGGCCUUGACGCUCAUCGACUUCCUGGGGGCCGUCAAGAGGCAGCAGAGACAGGCGGUGAAGGGCAUGGGGCCCCAGUGGAGAGGCCACCCCCUGGGACCCCCCAUGGUGGUUCACUGCAGUGCGGGCAUAGGCAGAACAGGUACCUUCUGUGCCCUGGACAUUUGUCUGUCCCAGUUGCAGGACAUGGGGACACUCAAUGUGUGUCAGACAGUGCGGUGGAUGAGAACACAGAGGGCCUUCACGAUCCAGACCCCCGACCAGUACUACUUCUGCCACAACGCCAUCCUGGAGCAUGCUCAAAGACAGGGCCUGCUCUCAGCCAGUCAGUGAUGCCAAGGGGGUCGCCUCGUAGUUCUCACAGCCAAUCAGUGAUGCCCUGGGUGUUGUUCUCGCAGGCAGUUUGUAAAUCCAGGGGACACUUUGUAGCCAAUCAGCAUGUCUGCUUCUAGGGAUUGCCAUCAAUUAUUCUACCCUUUAAGAGGCCUCUAAGACAGACUCAUUCCUCCUGAUUCUCACAUUUUAAUGACUAGUAAGACUGAUUUGUAGUAUCUCAAGAAGUCACGGUUCAAGUUAUUGUUGUUUUCUAUGCAUGGACCACCAUUUAUUUGUUUAGGUAGUUUGGGCAAUGUAAACCCCAUGUCCUACCAAAUAGAAAUAGUUUAGCUACAUUCAAGUCUACUUUCCUAUAUUAUUAGUUCUGUGUCCUCACUGAAAUCUGUAUUUUUAUUUUGUCCAUAAUAUCCACAUAGGGACGGUGAGACAAUCUUGCAUUGUUCUUGGAAAACUCAAGAGGAAAAUUUCCUCUUGACUUAAACUUCUCCUGGAGCUGAUUAAAUCGAAUGGCUACUUGUAGAAGUUGUCCUGAUAGGGCAAGACUUCUCAUCUUGCCCUACCCCCAAUCCAAGCCUCAACCACGAUAAAAUGCAUAGAUGACCUUAAGUUCAACUUAAAGUAAUACUACACCUUAAAACAUUUGCGAGCUGCUGAUAAUGUUGCCAUCUCAAUGCAUUUCCUGCAGAUUGAAGAAUUAAGGGCUGCCCUCAAGACACAGACUUCAUUGUAAGUUAUUCACAUUGGCUGUUCAAAUUUCUUGUGAAAACCUUGUGAUCAUGACAUUAAAUGUUUGGUCGCUGCAAUAGUCGUUACGUAAGCUUCAGUGAGACACUGUCAUGUACUUCUGUUGAGCCGCCAAUGCUGCGAUGAACAUGAUGUAGGAAGGCCAUAACCCUGCUUCCGCCUUAAGACCCCAGUCUUAGACCUCACCUCAGUAAAGUGCAAUAUACUUUUAUACACAGCCAUGUUGAAGCACUUUGAAAUGGCUCUUCCCAUCGUGCUUUAAGAUAUUGCAGUUCUUGUGGUGGUAUAGUGCAUUUAAGGUCAAAUUGCAAUUAUGGGAGGUUCUAAACAUGUGAUAUAGGCAUAACUUGAUUGUUACUGUUGAUUGGACCUUUGACCUUCAGGCUUGUUCAAUGGACACUGAGAGACCAUCUUACCCUGAUUACAUGUAGAAUAUUACCGUUCCCAUUGCUGAACUGUGUGUGCAUCAUAUUACAUAUCUUGUUGGAUGAAAGAAUUUGUUCUUUGCUACUGAAUUCAUAUUGAAUUUGCUUGUAGUGGAGCCUUGUUUAAGUCUGCCAUCCUCGUGCACUCUUAGUGAUUUUAGAAUGAUUACUUUCAAUGAAGGACAGUGACCAAUUGUAUUUUUCUAUUGUAUUAAACAACUUUUUGUUACAAGUAUUCAGACUUUAAAAGUAUACAUUAAAAUUGCAUUAUAUUUGCUCUGUUACUAUUAGGUAGUAUGAUUGAGGACAAUUGAAUCAAAUGUUGCUGUAUGAAAAAUCAUUUGUCUACAUAUGUACAUUUGAAAUGCUUCUGUCUUAUGACCCAAUACAUUCUUUUGCCAAUUAUGUUUUCCAACCAAAGGAGAUUGGGAUAUGUUCAAUAACAUUUCAAAUGAAGACCAAA